AUGUUCCAGACGAUAUAUGAUUGGUUCUGGUGGGAUCGCCUCUGGCUGCCGUACAACCUGACCUGGACAGACUUGGAAGACCGAGAUGGGCGGAUCUACGCCAAAGCCAGCGACCUGUAUGUCACCAUACCGUGCGCCUUUGCCUUCAUGAUCAUCCGCUAUCUCUUCGAGAGGUCCGUCGCCACAUAUUUCGCACGGGUCCUGGGCAUUAAGGAGAAAGUGCGGUUAAGAGUAAAACCCAACCCGAUUCUAGAAAAAUCUUUCAGAGCUUCCUCAAAGCACCCCAGACAGAGCGACAUCGAGGGUCUCUCCAAGAAAUGCGGCCUGAGCCCCCGGCAAGUGGAGCGAUGGUUCCGGCGAAGACGCAACCUCGAGAGGCCGAGCGUCCUCAAAAAAUUCCGGGAGGCCUGCUGGCGAUUCACCUUUUACGUUCUUGCUUUCACUGCUGGCCUGGCUGUUAUAGUCGAUAAACCCUGGUUUUACGAUUUGCGAGAAACUUGGAAAGGAUUUCCGAUUCAGACAAUGCUGCCAUCGCAGUACUGGUACUACAUGAUAGAGUUGGGCUUCUACUGGUCCCUCCUCUUCAGCGUUGCCUUCGAUGUUAAGAGAAAGGAUUUCAGGGAGCAAAUAAUCCACCACGUGGCAACUAUUAUCCUCAUCAGCUUUUCCUGGUGCACCAACUACGUCCGAGCUGGGACUCUCGUCAUGGCUGUGCACGAUGCAUCUGACUACUUCCUGGAGGUAACUGCGGGAGGGGUCUGCAGGAUUAUUCAUUGCACAGUGAUCUACCCAUUGGAGCUGUACCCAGCCUUCUUUGGAUAUUAUUUCUUCAAUGCCAUUCUCGUCGUCCUACAGCUGUUACACAUCUUCUGGGCGGCUCUUAUUCUCCGGAUGACACUGAAGUUCAUGACUGGAAAUCAGAUCGUGGAGGAUGAACGGAGUGACCGAGACGAGACUGACAACUCCGAGGACGAAGACGAUGAGGAGCCGGUCAAGAACGGCCUCAUUUCUAAUGGGCACUCCACGCUCAACAACAAUCACACGAAGUCUGAGUAGUGCCUUGCCUAUCUUGGGGUGGGUGGGUGAGUCCCAGAGUUCUCCUAGCCCGAGACUCCCAUCCUCUCUUCCACCUUCUCCACCCCACCCCCAUCGUCCUUGCCCCCUGCCCCCCCCCCCCCCCCAACCCCUGGGUUUGCUGAAACCGUUGCAGUAGGGGCAAGUCUAUCAGCUGUGCCCGCUCUUGCCCCACCUCCUACCCCCAUUAAUCUACCCGCACUGGAUCCCUCGUAGAGUAGGCAUCUGCGAGUUGGGGGGGGGUGGAGGAGGGGACUGGAUUCAUUUUAUUUCUUUCUGUUGGAGUAGGUCAGAUUGUGCCUUUCGAAUCAGUAUUU